AUGGCAUGGGACGGCACGUCCAGACAAGACCUAGAGCUGACGAUCGAGAAGGACGUCUAUGUCAGCGAAAUUCACUACCCCAUUACCAUCACUGCCAUCAAAAUCUCCAUCCUACUCUUCUACCUCCGCUUGUUCGGAGCUCGCAAAUGGUUCAGACACGUAAUAUACAUCACCGAAGCCAUUGUUCUUAGCUGGUGCAUGGCGACCAUUUUGCCGGCAGUCUUUCAAUGCAAGCCGAUACACAUUGCAUGGUCCAUCGAUGCAAUAGAGAUGAUGGAGCAUUGUAACAAUCUCAAUGCCUAUCUGAUUGCCACUUCGGUGAUCAACGUUAUCCUGGACUUCUGGAUCUUGGCGUUGCCGCUUUCUAUCGUUUGGACGCUUCAGAUGUCGAGGAAGUCAAAGGCGUCGUUGAGUGGUAUUUUCUUGCUGGGAGCCUUCAUAUGCGGCGCCAGUAUCGCGAGAGCGUACACUGUAGCUAACGUGGACAUUACUGAUAUCACAUGGAGCACGGUGGACCCCAUCAUAUGGUCCAAUGUCGAGAUUAGUGUCGGCAUCAUCUGUGCCUGUCUACCCGUUCUCCGCCCACUAGUCCAAGCUGUUGGACGUAGACUCUUCGGCGGAUCAAGCACGGCACUGUGGCACUCGUCCCAAUUCUCACAGACUGCGGAUGAGAUCUAUGGCUUCGAGCAGAGUCCGAAGGUACAAAGCCCAAUUUUGGCAAGAAGGGCAGCGGAGUACCUCGUCAUGCCCGAGAAUACUUUGCCGACGCUACCGCCGGCGGCUGAUUUUAGAAGAUAUAGUCAGAGGGCUGGACGUAGGGGUCUUGAGGAUGGACUGUGGGAAUCGCGGCAUAGCGAAGAAGUUAUGACAGUGAAGACGGUGAGGGUUAAGGAGCUUGGGGGUGAGGGGUGA